AUCAUUUGAUUGUUGAUCUAAAUAUCCUCAUUGGAAGAAACUUAACCUAAACCUAAUCUUUUUUUUUAUACGUGGGGGAAAUCUUACAUAAGACUCCUAGCUCCUUUGAGAGAAGGAGCACAGGGAAUGUCGGAUUCUUAUCGACUAAAACCCCCACAGUAGUACCGUCGCUAGCAGAAGGAAAGCCACGGGAAUUCCUCUGGAUUCCAUUCACGGUGCAAUUCCCGCAACGUAGCAUGCUCUCGACUCAACCUAAAUCUAACCUAACCUAAAUCAUAGAUUAUCGUCUGUGAUAAAAUUCGCAUUGUGUUAUCGACAUGUUUUUAAAUCUACAAUUUACAAUUUACGACAGUGGCUGUAAUAUGAGAGAAAAAUAUUCCAGUAGUGAUUUUUCAUAAACUUGAAUGCGUUGAAGUAAGAGGCAAUGUAGCUGGAGUAAUAGUAAGUGUAGAAAGAGGUGUGUCUUAGGUACUCAUAUUGUUAGUAAAUUAAAGUAAUUAAAUAUAGUUUAGAACAAAUAGUGAUUUAGUGAGUAGGGAAAAUGAGCGAAGUUCAAGAAUCUGAGAAUGAUAAAUUAGAAUCAAAUGCAGUAUUAGAAGCACAAGAAAUCGCAGAGGAUGAAAUUGAAAAAUUAAAAGGAGAUAUUGUCGGAGAUACUCUCUACAGUGGCAAAUGGAUAAUUAGUAUUUUACUUUCAAUAUCAAAGGUUCCUGAGGAUGGUUGGAAUGAAAAAGUGGAGAAUGAUUUAUGCACACUGUGGGAUAUGACAACUGAGAAAGACAUUGUCAACUUUCUUGUGGACAAUGACUUUUUUAAGAUUGCAGAACUUGCUUUGAAUUCCUCUGAAGAACCAAGGUUUACGGAAAUCAUUUUGGGAAUAAUUGGAAAUAUGACCUGUGAACCAUCAGUACUUGAUAUAUUAGGAGAGAAAGAAGAACUUCUUGAAACAAUUCUUCGUCUCCUUUCUUCUGAGGACACUGCUACGUUAGUACAAAUACUUCGACUUUUGCGUUGUGCACUGUGGAAUAUUCAGACCAAUCCUGAAUCAAAAUGGAGAGCUAAUUUAAGAAAUUCAACCUUUCUGAGAGAAGUAGUUCCUUUUAUUUUAAAAAGUUCCACAAAUGAGGAACUUUUGAUCGCAACGACAAGUUUCUUACGUUCUUCGGCAGAGAUCGAUCUUCCAUCUGGAAAAACAUUAUUAGAUGAUCUAUUUGAAUCUUCCAGUUUUCUGCCAGGAAUGUUGGAAUCGUUUGAAGAAGUUUUCCCUCAAGAAGAAGCACCUUAUUCAGCUUCGACUUUAAAAUAUCUUGAAGACUGGUUAGAACUAUUUUCUAUUCUUCGAAAGGGACAUCAAAUUCAUCAAGAAAUUUUGCAAGAAGACAAUUUAAGCAGAACAGUAGAAAUUCUGCGAAGAAUUUUAUCAAGUUUUAUCGAUCCGUGGAAUUUUUAUCCUUUAGAUGAAACUAAAGCUUCUUGCGUUCAUAGAUGUGCAGAAAUGAUUCUCGAUUUUCGAUGGAAAGGAUUUUUAAGAGCAGAUUCUACAGCUGACAUAGAUGCAACGAUUUUAAAAAUUAUAGUUAGCAUCAAUACAGCAAUGAAAGAAGAAGAAGAAGAUUCCAAAGAAACAAUGGAAGAAUUAUUAAAAUAUCUUGAAGGAUAUUGGAUUGAAAUAUCGAAAAUUUCCUCAGUAGAUGAAAUUAUAAAAAUUUUGAAAACAAACGAAAAGGCUGUUAUUGAUCAUGCAAUAAAUUUAUUAAAAUCAAAAAUUCCUGCAGACAAAAUCAAUGGUGUAAUAAAUGAGUUACCAAACAAAUAAGAUUUCAAAAUAAUAGCAAAAAAAUGAUUAAAUUAAUCAAUAAAAUCAUUUUUAGUAUAAUCUUUGAGAAAAAAAGAAAACAAAGAUCGAACCUUUUUCAUAAAACAAAGAAUGUUUUCUAUC